GGCCUUACUCUUCCAAGAGGCCAUGGAAGUAUAAAUAAUAAAGCAAGAAAGGCAGGUGCAUUUGGCUGGCUCAGUGGACUUCUGAAUGUACUGUGAGUAUGAGAACUUCCCUUCCAAAAGAUCUGGUGCUUCUUGCCUUUUCCACACGAAGCUUGCUUCAGAUUGAGGGAGGAUAUAGCACUGUCCACAGGUCUACUACUCAACAGGAUAUUCUUCAAGGAAAAUGAACCCCACACUAGGCCUGGCCAUUUUUCUGGCUGUUCUCCUCACCGUGAAAGGUCUUCUAAAGCCGAGCUUCUCACCAACGAAUUAUAAAGCUUUGAGCCAGGCCCAAGGGUGGAAGCAAAGGAUGGCAGCCAAGGAGCUUGCAAGGCAGAACAUGGACUUUGGCUUUAAGCUGCUCAAGAAGCUGACCUUUAACAACCCUGGCAGGAACAUCUUCCUAUCCCCCUUGAGCAUUUCUACAGCUUUCUCCAUGCUGUGCCUGGGUGCCCAGGACAGCACCCUGGACGAGAUCAAGCAGGGGUUCAACUUCAGAAAGAUGCCAGAAAAAGAGCUUCAUGAGGGCUUCCAUUACAUCAUCCACGAGCUGGUCCAGAAGACCCAGGACCUCAAAUUGAGCAUCGGGAACAUGCUGUUCAUUGACCAUAGGCUGCAGCCACAGCGUAAGUUUUUGGAAGAUGCCAAGAACUUUUACAGUGCCGAAACCAUCCUUACCGACUUUCAGAAUUUGGAAGUGACUCAGAAGCAGAUCAAUGACUUUAUCAGUCAUAAAACCCAUGGGAAAAUUAACAACCUGAUCGAGAAUAUAGACCCUGGCACUGUGAUGCUUCUUGCAAAUUAUAUUUUCUUUCGAGCCAGGUGGAAACAUGAGUUUGAUCCAAAUGUAACUAAAGAGGAAGAUUUCUUUCUGGAGAAAAACAGUUCAGUCAAGGUGCCCAUGAUGUUCCGUAGUGGCAUGUACCAAGUUGGCUAUGAUGAUAAGCUCUCUUGCACCAUCCUGGAAAUACCCUACCAGAAAAAUAUCACAGCCGUCUUCAUCCUUCCUGAUGAGGGCAAGCUGAUGCACUUGGAGAAGGGAUUGCAGGUGGACACUUUCUCCAGAUGGAAAACAUUACUAUCACGCAGGGUCGUAGAUGUGUCUGUGCCCAGACUCCACAUGACGGGCACCUUCGACCUGAAGAAGACUCUCUCCUACAUAGGUGUCUCCAAAAUCUUUGAGGAGCAUGGUGAUCUCACCAAGAUCAUCCCUUAUCGCAGCCUGAAAGUGAGCGAGGCUGUGCACAAGGCUGAGCUGAAGAUGGAUGAGAGGGGUACGGAGGGGUCCGCUGGCACCGGAGCACAAACUCUGCCCAUGCAGACACCACUCGUCGUCAAGAUAGACAAACCCUAUCUGCUGCUGAUUUACAGCGAGAAAAUACCUUCCGUGCUCUUCCUGGGAAAGAUUGUUAACCCUGUUGGAAAAUAAAGGAGAAUUCCUGCUUGCCGCAGACCC